GCCAUACUACGUUCUGAUUGGUAGCUGGCAAUGAAAACAAAAAACAUCUUCCUGUCCGGUCAUGUGAUCGUUGGACUGUGAAGUCCAGGGUCGUGCAGUCAUGUCGAGGAAAUACCCGAUAGUGGUGCAGGGCGAGGCGUCGGAGACGGACUCGGACGAGGAGGUCUACAUCACCUCUCUGCCCGCCGCCCAGCCCUCCAUCGUGGGGGCCAAGGUUGCAGGCGAAGCUUCUGAAACUGACAGUGAGGAUGGAGCAGAGGAUGCAGAUCCAGGUUCUGCACGGACUUAUGAAAAGACCCAAGUCCUCAGACGAGAUCUACCGGCACUUAUUGUAGUGAGAGAUCACCCUGAUAUACAGUCAGUGGUGGAGGACCGACCGAGCCCCACACAUAAACCUUUUGGGGACACUUUAUUACAGCAGAAGUUGCAGGAGUCCAACAGCCGGCUGUAUUCGGACGUGAGCCUGAUGCUGCGACAUCUUUAUGGCAGUGCCAGCAAGGAGGUGCGCAGUGCCACAGUGCAGCUCACAGCCUCACAGGGCGCCGUCAUCAGUGCUUCCCACAGCAUCCGACUGAUCUUGGACGACCUGAAAGCCAUGUCUGAGAAGAUCGACAUCAUCACCAGCUGUCAGAUACUGCCCGAUAUCAAGUUCAACCAUUCCGAGGAUGACGACGCUCCCGCUCCUUUACCUGAAAGAAAUGAAGAUCAGUAGAUGACAUGCGAGCAGAAUGUUGGAUUUUUUGGGAGGUUAAAAACUGUUUACAAAGUGUGCAUGUAUAGUAAAAAACUAUAUAGCUUCACUUGGUUUAAAUGUCUUGUUUGUAAAAGACUAAUAUUUAUGUACCCCUCUGAUUUGAUCAAAUGUAUAAAUAUGUAAUAAUCAAGGAACUUUUGCUGCCUCAGUUUUAAA